CAAACACUUGAUAUUGAAAUUGUUGAAUUUCAAGCUUGUUUUUCCUUCCUCGUUGCUCCUUAGAUCAUCAAAUUAAUCUUGUUGUGUUCAAUAUAUCUUCCUUAUAGAUAAUGGCACUUAAUUCAUUAACACCACUUUCAGUUAAUUCAAGUUCAAAGAUUUCAAACACACUUCAUUUUCAUUCAAAGUCCUCUCAAAUUAUCUGCAAAAUGAACUUAAACAAGGUUACUAAUGUAGAGUCCAACAAGAAAUGGAGGAAACUGUUAUCAGCAACAUUGGCAGCUGCUGUUAUUGUUUUCAGUUCUGACAUGUCUGCCCUUGCUGAUCUUAACAAAUUUGAAGCUGAAAUAAGGGGUGAAUUUGGUAUUGGAUCUGCUGCACAAUUUGGAUCAGCAGACCUUAGAAAAGCGGUGCAUGUGAAUGAAAAUUUCAGAAGAGCCAAUUUCACAUCUGCUGAUAUGAGAGAAUCUGAUUUUAGUGGUUCUACCUUCAAUGGUGCAUACAUGGAGAAAGCUGUUGCAUUCAAAGCAAAUUUUACGGGUGCUGAUUUGAGUGAUACGUUGAUGGAUCGAAUGGUUCUUAAUGAAGCGAAUCUCACGAAUGCGAUUCUUUCGAGAACAGUCCUCACGCGGAGUGAUCUUGGAGGCGCCGUUAUUGAAGGUGCUGACUUUAGUGAUGCUGUGUUGGACCUUCCACAAAAGCUGGCUUUAUGCAAGUAUGCUAGCGGCACGAAUCCUGUAACAGGAGUAAGCACGAGAGUGAGUUUAGGUUGCGGGAACAAACGACGAAAUGCUUAUGGUACCCCAUCAUCUCCAUUGUUGAGUGCUCCACCACAGAAACUGCUUGACCGAGAUGGUUUCUGCGAUGAAUCAACAGGCCUCUGCGACUCAAAGUAAUCAUUGCUAUCAGACCAUAUUCUUGUAAAUAUAGCAGGGACACCAAUUGAGGCUAUGUGUGAUUUUCGGACUUCUAAGAGCAUAACUGAAUUCAAUAAAUCAUGCUUAUUGUUUUGGUCAUGAUUUCUCAUUGAAAUUUAUGACAAAACUUGCAUCAUAUUUGAAGAUCAGUUUCUUGUUUAAAUUUGUGUGUGGAUAUUCUCUAAAGAAAUUGUAAUUCUAGGUACCUUUUACAUAUUCUUUAUGCAGUAGAAGUGCAUUAUUUGAAA